AUGGCCACCAAGCUGCAUAGAUCCAUCCUUGCGUACUCUUUGUGCCUCAUGAUCCUCUCCCUUGGCCCCGACCAUGUAGCUCUCUGCACUGCGCAGGCGCAGUCGUUCGUCUACUCCGGCUUCCGGGGAGCAGAUAUCACCCUCGACGGCUCCGCCAUGGUCCAACCCGGCGGACUCCUCCAGCUGACCAACAGCUCCGACAUCAUAGGCUACGCGUUCCACCGGGCUCCCUUGCGCUUCCGUCACGGCGCCGGCGGCACGGUGCGAUCCUUCUCGCUCUCCUUCGUGUUUGCCGUCCAGUCCGAGUUCGACAAGGAGAGCAGCGGCGGCAUGGCCUUCUUCGUCGCCCCCGGCAGGAACUUCUCCGGCGCCAUGCCAGGCAGUUUCCUAGGCCUCUUCAACGCCUCGACCAACGGCCGCCCCGACAACCGCAUCUUCGUGGCCGAGCUCGACACCUUUGGCAACGGGGAGUUCAAGGACAUAGACAGCAACCAUGUCGGCAUCGACGUCAACGGGCUAAUCUCCGUUGAAGCCCACACGGCUGGUUUCUAUGAUCACAAGACUGGUAGCUUCACAAACUUAUCUCUGAAUAGUGGAGAUCCGAUGCAACUGUGGGUCGAUUAUGAUGCACAGAUCACACAGGUCGUGUCGACCUUGGCUCCCCUCGGCGCUGCCAAACCUCGCAGGCCAUUGUUUACAGCCACCACCAACCUCUCCGAUGUGCUCGAGGACCCAUCUUUUGUUGGCUUCUCGGGUGCAUCCGGCUCACUCAGCACGCUCUACUCCGUGCUUGGUUGGAGCUUUGGCCUGGAUGGCCCUGCCCCGGCAAUCAACAUCACAAAUUUGCCCAAGUUGUUCCGUGGUCGUCAGGAGGUUCGAUCUAAAGUCUUGCAGAUCGUCCUUCCGAUUGCCACCGCAGUGUUCAUCGCGGCCGUGGGAACCGCCAUCACCCUUCUCGUACGAAGGCAUCGGAGGUAUGCCGAGCUACGGGAGGAUUGGGAGGUGGAGUUCGGGCCACAUCGCUUCUCGUACAAGGACCUGUACCAUGCGACGGAAGGAUUCAAGAACAAGAACCUCCUAGGCGAAGGAGGCUUUGGGAAAGUAUACAAAGGAGUACUCCCGGUAUCCAACUUGGAGGUAGCCGUGAAGAAAGUGUCCCAUGAGUCAAGGCAGGGGAUGAAGGAGUUCAUCGCCGAGGUCGUAAGUAUUGGUCGCCUUCGACACCGCUACCUAGUGCAGUUGCUUGGUUAUUGCCGGCGUGAACAUGAGCUCAUUCUGGUGUAUGAGUACAUGCCGAAUGGCAGUCUUGAUAAGUACCUGCAUUGUGGAGAGGACAAGCCGACACUUGACUGGACCCAGAGGUUUGGGAUCAUCAAUGGGAUAGCAUGUGGCUUGUGGUAUCUACACGAGAAAUGGGAAAAGGUUGUCAUACAUAGAGACAUAAAAGCAAGCAAUGUGCUCCUUGAUGGUGAAAUGAAUGGACGGCUCGGUGAUUUUGGCCUGGCAAGGUUAUAUGAUCAUGGUACCGACCUACAAACCACACAUGUGGUUGGCACCAUGGGUUAUCUAGCCCCAGAGUUGCUACGCUCGGGCAAGGCUUCUCCUCUUACAGAUGUUUUUGCCUUCGGCACAUUCCUUCUUGAGGUAGCAUGUGGACAGAGACCCAUUAAGCAAGACUCCAAAGACGAACACAUCAUGCUGGUGGAUUGGGUACGCGAGCAUUGUCACAAUGGAACCCUCUUGCAAACUGUGGACACAAGGCUUCAUGGUAACUAUGACAAGGACAAGGCCAGCAUGGUGUUGAAGCUAGGGCUCUUGUGCUUGCAUCCGUUGCCCAGUGCGAGGCCUAGCAUGAAGCAAGUCAUGGAGUACCUCGACGGAGAGACCGCACUGCCGGAGAUGGCACCCACACAUAUCAACAACGUCAAUAUGAUGCAAAUCAGAGGAUUUCCCGACCUAACGACGAGCAUCGGCACAUUCUCUGGUCUCUCAGGGGGGCGAUGAUGACCUAGGAUGUUUGUGUUGUUUAAUAUAAUUCUGAUUUAUUAACGUGUACUUGCAUAUGAAGGAACGGUGGUGUAUGUUAUAUCUGAGUGCUUGUAUGGAAAAUAAAUUAGUAGACUUAGUAUGAUGCCCCCAGGGAAUAUGUAGCAAUCAAG